AGCGCUGUGUGACGUAUGACCUCCCAAAGCAUAGUGGAAGCAUGGCUGUCUGUGGCCACGAAAAAACUUACUUAUCUGUCCAGCUGCGUAUUUAGGACACAUUUGUCGAGAAAUGAAAACUUAGCACGGCAAUUUACUCGAAUUACUGCCAACUUUAGCUGGCUGCUUACUUAUAGAGAGACACAUAUCGGUUUGGAACACAACCGCUCGUUUGCUUAGACCCAGAAAAGGCAACACAAAGGAAAUGCGGUCGGUUAGUAUUGUGUAAAUUAUACAUUGCCUUUUUUUUCAGAGCUAGACUUCAAAACGCAUUUAAGCUCUUAAACGGCAAAUUUUUUGACUCAGGUUUUGGGAUUUUCCAGCCCGGUAGUUACAUUUUCAAUAUAGUAUGGCCGUCGCAUUGCUAAAAAUAGUAACCAACUCUUGAUCUUUUUGAUUUUUACACUUGUAUAACGAAACCCAGCUGCCAAUGACGUUUACCAUGAAAAGAAACCCGACUCGAAAAAAUGAAAGAAAGUAGCUAACAACGAGCUAACUGUCGUUACAGCCAAGAGGGGCUAGUUAGCAUUAGCAGCAGACCUAUCGCCGUUGUUAAGUUCGAUGUUGGUUUUCUUUUCAUUUCGCUCUUGUGACCCAACGUCUGUGGUUUAACAUCGAGUAGGUAAUUGUGUACAUAAACGAGCGUUGUGAGUGCUUCGGCGUUUCCCAUGCUAAUAUGCUAGCUGGGCUCCUGGUAAAGUAGCCGGUCUCGCCUGUGGCGCUUGCUCGCUUGCUUGGGUGGCAUCGACACGGACAAUGGCAGCGCCCUCGGCCGAGGCGGUGUUCUUGAUUAAAGACGUCAAGCCCGGCUCAAAAAACCUCAAUAUUGUAUUCAUCGUUUUGGAAAUAGGACGAGUGACAAAGACCAAAGAUGGUCAUGAAGUGCGAUCUUGCAAGGUGGCGGACAAGAGCGGCAGCAUCGCCAUCUCCGUUUGGGACGAGCUGGGCAGUCUCAUCCAGCCUGGUGACAUUAUCAAACUCACCAGAGGAUACGCGUCCAUAUGGAAAGGCUGCCUGACACUUUACACUGGAAGAGGCGGCGAUCUGCAGAAGAUCGGCGAAUUUUGCAUGGUCUACUCGGAAGUGCCCAAUUUCAGCGAGGCAAAUCCGGAGCUGCUCGCUCAAACAAACCAGCAAAACAAGUCGGGGAAACCUGACCAGAAUCAGAGGGGAAACUCUCCUCCCAAUCAGAAUUCAGGGACACCAUCUGCACCAGGUAAUGGCGCCAUGCCACCCUUUUCCAACAACGGCGGCAUCAACAGCGGCGGCGGCGGCGCGACGGGCAGCGCCCGCGACUCCGCGUUCGGGCGGCCGAACGGCCGCUCGCCCGGGAACGGAGCGGCUCAGCCUUCUGCGGCCGGACCCCCGUCUGCCACGGCCAAGUCAUCGGUUAGCAUUAGCAACGGCAGGGACCCGCGACGUGCCAAAAGAUGAACUGGGGUAGGGGCUGGGGCAGGGAACCCCUGACAUGGUCCCGCCUUUUCACCUUCACUUCAACUCGAUAUUGACUGCUGUCACGGCCACAUGUAGGGUAGCUGCAUCGCUCUUUAACACUGAUGGGAUUGUGCCCCUAAUUGCUUGCGAGUCUGCGGUUGAGCUGUUUGGAACUCCUUCUGAUGACUUGAGCCCCCCCCCCCCCCCCCCCCCCCCCCGCCCGCAAGGAACCCACUAAAUGUUAACAAACGCCCCGUCCCUGUCCAAUUUGGGCAAAUCAUACACCCAACUUUUUCCCACUUACAAGUUUAGACCGCUUGCCACAAUAGGAGCAAUAUUCAAGUGGGACCACUCCAAGCUUGACGGAGAAAGUUCACCAAAUAAAAUUUGCAACUGUUGUCAAACA